CCCGCUGUCCCUGAGCGCUCCUGUCCCUGCUCCUGUCCCGCUGUCCCCAGUCCUGUCCCCGCUCCUGUCCCUCCGCGCCAUGAGGAGGUUCAUCCUCCUGCUCUACACCGGUGUGAGCUGCUGCUGCCUGGCGGCGGUGGUGGCCGCGUUGCCGGCAGGAGAUGCCGCCCCUACCCCUCCCGUGGCGGAGGGGCGGGAGGAGCCUGUGCCGCCGGCACCCAAACCCCAGGUGAGGUUCAGCCUCCGCUCCUCGCCGCACGCCGAGGAGGAUGGGUGUCCGCUCACCAUCGGGCACCGGGAAGGGCUGGAGGAUUGCAAGUUCAACCUGACUGCCAAGACCUUCUUCAUCAUCCACGGCUGGACUAUGAGUGGCAUGUUUGAAACCUGGCUGGGCAGCUUGGUGUCUGCUCUUCAGGAGAGGGAGAAGGAUGCCAAUGUGGUGGUGGUGGACUGGCUGCCUCUUGCCCACCAGCUCUACACUGAUGCUGUCAACAACACCCGGGUGGUGGGAAGGAGCAUUGCCAGGCUGCUGGACUGGUUGCAGGAGAACCCACACUUCCAGCUGGAGAAUGUCCACCUGAUUGGGUACAGCCUGGGUGCCCACGUUGCUGGCUUUGCUGGUAACCAUGUCCAUGGGACAAUUGGCAGAAUUACAGGCUUGGAUCCAGCUGGCCCCAUGUUUGAAGGAGUGGAGCCCAGCAGGCGCCUGUCCCCUGAUGAUGCCAACUUUGUGGAUGUCCUGCACACCUACACCAGGGAAACACUGGGUGUUAGCAUUGGGAUCCAGAUGCCUGUGGGACACAUUGACAUCUACCCCAACGGGGGAGACUUCCAGCCUGGCUGUGGAUUAAGUGAUGUCCUGGGAGCAAUUGCUUAUGGGACCAUUGGGGAAGUUGUGAAAUGUGAACACGAGAGAUCCGUGCACCUUUUUGUGGACUCCUUGGUGAACCAGGACAAGCAGAGCUUUGCCUUCCAGUGCACUGAUUCCAGUCGCUUCAAGAAGGGGAUCUGUCUGAGCUGCCGCAAGAACCGCUGCAAUGGCAUCGGCUACAACGCCCGCAAGACCCGGAGCAGAAGGAACAGCAAAAUGUACCUAAAAACCAGAGCUGACAUGCCCUUCAAAGUCUACCAUUAUCAGAUGAAAAUGCAUGUCUUCAGCUACAAGACCUUGGGAGAGGCUGACCCCACUUUCUCUGUCACCCUUCAUGGCACCAAUGGAGACUCUGAACCUCUUGCUCUAGAAAUGCUCGAUCAAAUUGGCCUAAAUGCAACUAACACCUUCCUGGUUUACACAGAAGAGGACAUGGGUGAACUUUUAAAAAUCAAACUCACCUGGGAGGGAACCUCUCAGUCAUGGUAUGAAUUAUGGAAGGAGUUGAAGAGCUACUGGUACAGGCCUGUGAAGUCUCCCCAGGAACUGCACAUCAGGCGCAUCCGGGUGAAAUCUGGGGAAACACAGCAGAGGUUUGCUUUCUGUGUGGAGGAUCUCCAGCUCACCAGUAUAGCUCCUGGUAAAGAGCUCUGGUUUGUCAAGUGCACAGAGGAUUGGCAUAAAAGAUCUGUCUCAAAUUCACUCUGAAGACUUCUCUAAAGACUCACAACUGAGCAGCCUAGAGAUGCAUGAAGACUGAAAAUGCAAGUGGCGAGAUGCUCUGGCAUAAAAUCUGGCUUGAUAGCACUUAAAACAAGCAGCUCUUCAGGACAAACCAUCUUGGAUCAGCUGGAAGACCCUGAGGAGCAUUUGUAGGACUGUGGUCCUAGACUUAGAAUAACUAAGAAACUCCAUUCUCCCUUCCCCAAGGAGCCUGAUUGGUGCAUCCAACCUUACCUUGACCUGUUACACUCUGCCAUUUCCUGCCCUGCUCCCCCUCACCAGGACUCCAGAUGAGAUCUUCAAGGAUCUAAACCUCAGCAAUGAUCUUCUGGUCUGCCUGCCAGUGGAGCUGAGAAGAUAAGCAGCCCAAGUGCCCAUCAGAGUGUUGGGAGCAGAGCUGCCAAGAUAAACAUCAGCACUUAAGCCUAGGAGCUCCUGUGGGUCCCAGUAGCACUAUGGGGAGAAGAGAAGAUCCCAGGUUAAAAUGUGUGGGGUGGUUGAGGGGAGGGGUGGGAAGAAGCACAGUGCCACUUCUCUCCAAGUUGUCUUUUGCUUACCUUAAAAAUAAGCUGUUCUGUAGCUGACUGCUACCAAAACCUGUGACCUCAGAAGGUAGCACUCGGUCCUCCUUGUAGCUGGGGCAGAAGGGGGUGCAGGUGGGGGGGUGGCAGCUGCUCCUUACUCCCCCCUCACUGUCCUCUGCCAUGGGCUGAGCUCUUCAGAAGAAGCAAAGCUUCUCUUCUGACUGGAGGAGAGGAGGAAGGUGAUGGAGCAUCCUGCACCAGCUCCUUGGAACUACUGAGAACACGUUCACCUCUGUCCAGAUGCUGCUGUGGGGCCAAUGUGUCACUAAGACCUUAUUUUUUUCCUUUUAUUUGUGUGACAAGUAUUUAUCUGAGUUGGACACCAUCCUGCCCUCCUUGUCACCGUGGCCUGGCUGGAUUCCCUGCUGCCAGAUGAACUUGGCUUUGCACCCAGUUUGACAUCUUUCCAACUGCCUUGUUUGCUGCAGCAGAGUGGACCUUGUCAGGGGUGAAGCAGAUUAUUGUGGGUUUAUGUUAUUUUAUUUUAUUUUUUUCUUUCUGGAAGGAGACUUGGUGUAACUACUCUGGAACUGCUGGCAGGCAGAAAGCCAAGCUCAAAUUAGCAGUGUUGCCAGAUGGUGGACUGAGUUCUGAAGACUUAGCAAGUCCUUCUGAGGUCUACAGUUCUCUUGCUGAGCUUCAGGAGAAUAUCUGAGAUAUUCAAAGCUUGAGGAGGCUCUGAGUAACCUGUUCUAGGUGAGGGUGCCCCUGCUGACUGCAGGGGGUUGGACUGGGUGGCCUUUGGAGGUCCCUUCCAACCCAAAUUAUUCUAUGAUUCAAUCCAACCAAAGCAAGCACAGUUGGAGAUUUAUUUUUUUUUAAUGCAAAAAAAAAAAAAAAAAAAAAAAAAAAGAGCCUUUGGUCUCUGUGACUUCUCACCGUGCCAUACUCACAGAGUGCUUUCAAAGCCCUGUUUGUAUAUUGUGGUUUUUGUAUGACUUAAAAACAUAAUUUAUUUCUCACAUUGUACAUAUGUAAAGUUUUAAAACGUUUUGGGUAACAGUUUUUAUAAGCCUUGAGACAAAAAAA